AUGGUAAAUCAAAAGUCCUCUCCUCGUAGCAUCAGACUACGAGCGCUCUUCACAGACGUGCUAAAGGGCACAAAAACCAUCGACAACAAAAACGCCAAGUUGUUCCUCGAGGCAAUCCGUGACCAAGAUAGCAACAAGGCUCUGUGUGUCCAGAAAAUUCAAGCCAGCGACCACGGACGUGCUGCGUUUCAAGCCGCUCUCAGCUCCAGCACCGAGCUUUGCUUCCUCCACGAAUCCGUCACGCCGAUUCUUCGUUACCUCGCUGCACCAGAACUCAAGACGCUGUGUGGUGGAGUAGUUUUGCAGCAGCUGAUAACAAGCUUUAUCGAGGCUGAGCUUGUCUGGGUCGCAUAUAUCACUGCUUUCAAAGCUGGCCAGCUGGCCGGAGACGGCGAGUGCAAUGGCGAAGAAGCAUUUUCCUGGCUCUUGCUGGAACUUCUUUCUUUACCAAAGGAGAAAGCCUACACAUUUGUACACCUUGCACAAGACAGUAGCAUCAAGGGAGCACUGCUCGAGUCACACAAACAGGGAGUGCGUCUACGGGCACACAGAAUUACACAUAUCGUUGAAAAUUUGAUCGCAGGGCAUGAUAAUUAUCAUUCGAAUGAACAAUCCAGCAGCAGUGGCCCUGGCGGAAGACACAACAAUGACUUCGCUGAAAUCAAUAAAAUUGCCAUCCUCCCAACUACUGACGAACUCGCAGCGAAAGAUCCUUACCUCCCACAUGCCCACGAGACGAAAACACUGGCGAAGCGACCAGAUGGACUGGCAUUUUAUCUGGACGGCCAGUUUCGCCUACUCCGCGAAGAUAUGCUGCGUGAUCUGAGAGAGGAAAUACACGUGGCACUGAACAUGCAGAAAGAAGGCAGCGGCGGCCGCGCACAAAAAGCGUUUUCAGUCGAGCAUCUGUCAAUGGUGGGAGUGAACUGCGAUGGGCGAAAUCCGUGGUCUCUGCUAUUACAGUGCAUGAAUGAUCUACCCCAAAUGCCGAAGAAGAGCGAGGCAAUUCGACGGCAGUUCCUCAAAGACAAUCCAAAAUACCUGAAACAUGAGUCCUUGGCCUGUGUUAUUGCAGAUGAUGAGGUUGUCACACUGGGCACACUGGUCCGUGAAGAAGACCUUCUCGCUGCGAAUCCACCUGUUCUUUGUUUACAAAUCCCGGGGCCCAACGAAGAAACAGCGUUGCGCUAUAUCAAAGCAGCGAAAGUUGUCAAAUUGGUGCAGUUGAACACGACAUUUUUCUCAUAUGCCCCUAUUCUGGAACGGCUGAAAGAAAUGAAGGAGUUGCCCUUUGAGGAUGAAAUACUUCGAUGGGAAGAAAAUUAUAGUCCCAAACCUCCUGCCUACCUGCUCUCCCCCAUUAUCACAGCUCUAGUGGAAGACUUGCGUCGUAACCCUUCUCGAGAUCUUCAGGGUGCUCUUGGACUUCCUCGUCCCACGAAAUUGGACAAGUCACAGGCCGAGUGUUUCAUUACAGGGAUGACCACUAGAUUAAGUACUAUUCAAGGCCCUCCUGCAGGGACAGGAAAAUCGUUCAUUGGCGCACUGAUCGCAAAAGCCAUUUUCCUCUACUCUGACGAAACAAUUCUCGUCUUAACCUAUAAGCACCACGCUCUGGAUCAGUUCCUCAUCGAUUUGAUUGACCUGGGCAUUUCGAAGACCGAAAUAGUGCGUCUAGGCUCUGCUAAAAAGGCUGCUGCAUCCGUCCGCGACCUUUCAAUAAAGGACGCCGCAUCGCUGGUAAGGCUUACGCGAGAGCAAUGUCAGAUGCUCGAUUGGGUCAAGGCAAAAGUGCGAGAUGAAGGAGAUACCUUGCAGCAAGCAUUUACAGGUCUAGAGCAGCAAGCCCCUUCGAAAGACGACAUUCUCGAACACCUUGAAUUUCUCACCGAAGGCCCGCCUUUCUUUGCAGCCUUCCAAGUCCCGCAGCGCAAUGAUGGUAUCGUCCAUGUAGGCAAGAAUGGAAAAAUGAAAUUCAAUGCAUCCUACCUGCUGGAUCGGUGGCGCCGAGGAAAAGAUGCUACGCCCUUCAAGAAGAUGGCCCAACAGUACCCCGAGGUAUGGAACAUCAAAGCAUCCGCCCGACAUAGUUUGCUGCGGCAAUGGGAAGCCGAUAUACUCAAAGAGAGGUUUGAUGCCGUUCACUCAGCAGGACAUAACUAUAACAAGGAACUAGAGCAGGUCGCAUCGAUAUAUUUGGAGAGAGAACUCACAGUGCUUCGCUCCAAGCGCGUCAUUGCCUGCACAACUACAGCGGCAGCGAAAUAUGUGCAGAUGCUGAACUCAGCUCGUCCUGGAGUUGUGUUGGUAGAAGAGGCAGGCGAAAUACUUGAGAGCCACGUUUUGACUGCUUUGGGCCCGGAUACGAAGCAGCUGAUUCUGAUCGGAGAUCAUAAGCAACUGCGACCAAAAGUCAACUUCGCGCUCAGUGUCGAGAAGGGGGAUGGUUACGAGCUCAAUCAAUCUCUCUUUGAAAGGCUCGUGGUACAACAAGGAUAUCCUUAUACCACCUUGCUCCAGCAGCAUCGUAUGCGGCCCGAAUUGGCUGGCUUUGUAAGGGAAUUGACAUAUCCAGACCUAGUGGAUGCCAGCAGUACCAAGAACCGACCAAAAAUCAAGGGAUUGCAGGACAAUAUAAUCUUCCUCAACCAUUCGCACAGCGAAGAGCAGAUGAAACACGUACGCGACUGGAAAGAUGGUACAUCACCGGCCACGAAGAGGAACCUGUAUGAGACGCAUAUGGCAAUCAAAUGCCUGCGUUACCUCGGUCAGCAAGAUAUCAACACGCCAACGGACAAAAUUGUCAUCUUGACGCCUUAUCUCGGCCAACUCCAUCUUCUCAGAGAAGAACUCAGCAAGGCUAAUAAUGACCCGGUUUUGAACGACCUUGACUCGCAUGACUUGGCCCGCGCCGGCUUGAUGCCUCCUGCCACCGCGCAGGUCAACAAACCGAAGAUUAAGAUAUCUACGAUAGAUAACUUCCAGGGCGACGAGAGCGAGAUCGUGAUUGUGACACUGACGCGAAGCAACGACAAUGGCGACAUAGGCUUCAUGUCUUCUCCAGAGCGUCUAAACGUACUUCUUUCGCGGGCUAGAAAUGGUCUAAUCAUCAUUGGGAAUGCAGAAACAUUUAUGAGCUCUAAAAAGGGAGGGAAAUUAUGGAAACGAUUCAUUGAUAUGCUCAAGGCUAAGAAUCAUAUCUAUCACGGGCUUCCGGUGAAAUGUGAACAACAUCCGGCAAGGCAUGCUGUUCUGCGCUCUCCUGAAGAUUUCGAAAACGAAUGCCCCGAUGGUGGGUGCAAGGAGCCCUGUGGCGCGUUGUUAAAGUGUGGUGUACACAAGUGUCCAAGAAAUUGUCACUAUCGCUCUGAUCACUCCCAAAUGAAGUGUGAUAAGAUUGUGGAAACUAAGUGUGCGAAGGGACAUGUGCAAACUCGAAAAUGUUCUGAAAUCUCGCCGCUAAAAUGCAGAAAGUGCGAGAUCGAGACUCAACGGGACCAGAAGACCUUGGAACGGGACAUGGCAUUGCAGGACAAGCGGUUGCAAGAGCAGGUAAAAUACGAGAUGAGUCUUGCAGAGCUCGACAUGCAAAUACGAAAGAUUAGGGAGGAAGCCGAGGACAAAAAGACAGCGCAGGAAAGAGCACAGGCAUUGGAGCAGAAAAAACGCGACUUAGAGGCGGCUCAACAUAAUGCAACGCAACCUCCUCCAACCACAAACACAGCAGCCAAUGACAAAAAAUAUUUAGCCCCUCAACAGUCAGAGACUAAUAACCGGAAAGCAUCGGCUGUCUCAACACCAUCUGCUCGCAACGAAAGCGCCUCCGCAGUAGAGUGGGAGCGGCAGAAGAGAGUCGAGGGAGAGCAUAAUGCUGCCCUUGAUGAUCUGAUGGCGCUUUCUGGGUUGGAGGAAGUCAAAGAGAAAUUCCUCGACAUUAAGACCAAGAUCGAAACCGCUGCAAGACAAGGUAUUGAUGUGAAGAAGGAGAGAAUGGGAAUGGUGAUGUUGGGCAAUCCAGGUACAGCAGGAAAAACAACAGUGGCGCGUAUAUAUGCGCGAUUCCUCGCUUCUGUAGGGGCAUUACCUGGAAAGGAGUUUACUGAGAUCACGGGCUCUGGACUAGCAAACGAUGGUGUCGCUGGUGCGAAGAAGAUUAUCGAGGGCCUUAUCAAAGCUGGCGGUGGAGUCUUCUUCAUUGAUGAAGCCUAUCAGCUCGCGUCUGGGAACAACUUUGGUGGGAAGAAUGUACUCGAUUUCAUCUUGGCUGAAAUCGAAGAACGAAGAGGCACCAUCGCUUUCAUUCUCGCUGGAUAUGACAAGGAGAUGGAGAAGUUCUUCGAGCACAAUCCUGGAUUCGACAGUCGGAUGCCUCACAGGCUAAAAUUCGCUGAUUAUUCGGACGAUGUCCUAUUGACCAUGUUGAAAGCGCUGGUAGAGAAAAAGUAUAAUGGUCGGGCUACACUCGAGGAUGACGGCUCCGACCUAUACGCCAGGAUUCUUACCAAACGUCUCGGAAGGAGACGAGGGACAGAAGGAUAUGGAAAUGCACGUGAUCUGGAGAAUGUUUGGGCACAGGUCACCGAGCGCCAGGCUUCCCGGCUGAAAAAGGAACGGAUUGCAGGAGGUUUACCGGAUGACCUGAUUUUCACAAAAGAGGAUAUCAUUGGGCACGAGCCAAGCGGAGUGAUAAAAGACAGCGCUGCAUGGAAGAAGCUUCAGUCUUUGGUAGGACUAGAAAAGGUCAAGAAGUCGGUGAAGGCGCUUGUCGAUGCUAUGCAACGCAACUAUCACAGGGAGUUGAAAGAUCUAGAUCCCCUUGAGUUUACGCUUCAUCGCGUAUUUCUUGGUUCUCCCGGCACAGGGAAAACAACCGUUGCCAAGUUGUAUGGCGCGAUAUUGGCAGAUAUGGGCUUGCUAUCGAAGCGAGAGGUGGUCGUCAAAAACCCCUCGGAUUUUGUAGGAUCAGCGCUGGGCCAGUCGGAGGAGAAUACUAAAAAAAUCCUCAAAGCUGCUGCGGGAAAGGUAUUGGUGAUCGAUGAAGCGUAUGGUCUUGAUGCCGGUGGAGGCGUGGGCAGUGGUCACAAAGACCCUUUUAAGACUGCCGUUAUUGACACCAUCGUAGCCCAGGUGCAGAAUACUCCAGGAGAAGACUUGUGUGUCCUCCUGCUGGGGUACCAAGAACAAAUGGAGGAAAUGAUGAAUCGCUCGAAUCCGGGCCUUGCGAGGCGAUUUCGUCUCUCGGACGCAUUCUAUUUCGAGGACUUUAGCGAUGCGGACUUGAUGCAUGUUCUAGAUUUCAAACUGAAGGAGCAAGGAUUAAAGGCAACGGCAGAUGCUAAGAGGACUGCUAUUGAAGUUCUAGCACGCGAACGAGAUCGUCCUAAUUUUGGCAAUGCAGGUGCUGUCGAAAACAUCAUCUCACGCGCCAAGGAAUUGGAACAGAAGCGAACUUCUGCAGUCGAGACAGAUGGCAUUAAUCCAGACGUGUUCUUCCUCCCUCAAGACUUUGAUGAGGACUAUGAUAGAGCGAGUGCGGCUGGACUCAGCUGUCGAGACUUGUUCGCCGAUAUUGUAGGGUGUGAGAAACUCAUUAAAAAGCUUGAAAGGUAUCAGCAAAUCGCCCAAAAUAUGAAGACCACGGGGAAAGACCCUCGGACUCUAGUUCCUUUCAAUUUCCUUUUCAAAGGCCCCCCAGGAACGGGAAAAACGACAGUAGCACGUAAAAUGGGCCAACUCUACUACGAAAUGGGGAUCCUGGGAUCGAGCGAGUACGUUGAAUGCUCCGCGUCCGAUCUUAUAGGUCAAUAUGUUGGACAAACGGGCCCAAAGACGCAGGGAAAACUGACCGAGGCUCUGGGGCGGGUUCUGUUCGUGGACGAAGCAUACAGGUUUUGUGAUGGCCAUUUUGGAAAAGAAGCUGUCAACGAGCUCGUCGACUGCCUGACAAAACAAAAGUAUAUGGGAAAGAUUGUCGUGAUCCUCGCCGGUUAUACCCAUCAGAUCGACGAACUCUUACAGAUCAAUCCUGGCCUUUCCAGUCGGUUUCCGGAAGAAGUCGUCUUUGAAAAUAUGGAUCCAGAGAUAUGUGUUGAACUUUUGGAUAUCGAAUUGAAGAAAAACGAUAUUGAAGUUACACCGCCGUUGAAUAAUGAGUUGUUGCUUGUAGAACGACAGCAAAUGAUUGAUAUCUUUGCAAAGCUUUCCAGGCUUCGGUCAUGGGGAAACGGCCGGGAUGUUAAAAAUAUCGCGAAGGAUAUCUGCUCGGAUGCAUUUGCUGGCAAUAUGUCCAAGGAACUGAGAGUGACAUUCGCUGACAUUCUAAGACACCUAAACAAGAUGCUCAAAUCUCAAAUGGCCCGAAAUGAAAGCAGAGAGGACUUUACUCACCCAACCAAUCAUGGCUUCUCUUCUAGCUUGCUUCCUCCGAUGCAAGAUUUACCAAAGGCACCAAUAACUGCGUCGUCUAUCACAUCGAAGACCGAAACGGCCGAGCCAGUUCCAACAAAUGAGAAAGAAGUAUAUGAAAAGGAUACUUCCGAAGACAUUGCAGACUCUACUCAACGUGAUCCGGGAGUAUCUGAUGAGGUGUGGCAACAACUGCAGCGAAACAUCGCAGAGGAAAAGGCCCUGAAACAAGUCGAAGACAUGUUCAUCUCGGCCCAACAGCGCGAUUACGAGGCGCAUAAAGAGUCCGAGACGGUCAGGCUAAAAGAAAUCCAACGGUUAGAAGAGGAAAAACGAUUAGCGGAUGAAAGUCGCCGCAAAGUUAUUGAAGAGCAGCUCAGACAGGAAAAAAGAUGCAUGGAGGCUGCUUUGAAAGCGAAGAGAGAGGCUGAAGAGAAAUUGAGAAAGGCACAAGAAGAGGCAGAGAAGAGGAGACAGCAGGAAUUGGCGGUUCAAAAGAAGAUUAGAGAUAUGGGAAUUUGUCCAGCCGGGUUUCGAUGGAUCAAGGGGGGAGCAGGCUACCGGUGUGCAGGGGGUUCGCAUUAUCUGAGCAAUUCACAGCUUGGAAUAUGA